AUGGCAGAGCCCUGGGUGGGCACCUGGCGGCCUCACCGCCCCCGGGGGCCGAUCGCCGCCCUCUACAGCAGCCCCGGGCCCAAGUACGGGCUGCCCACCAACGUGGGCUACCGCCUCCACGACCCCUCCCGCAUCCGUGCCCCUGCCUACAGCUUCGGGAUCCGAGGGUGCCAGCAGACGCUGCCCCGCUCCCCAGGCCCUGCCUACAUGCUGCCCCCUGGCACCACUGUCAAGGGCCCCCCUGGCACCCCUGCCUUCUCCAUCAGCAGCCGCCCCCGGGACCUGCUGCCCCCCCAGACCCCCGGACCUGGGUGUUACUGUCCGGAGAGGGCAGACAGGAUGGCGUUUCCCACCGCACCUGCCUAUGCCCUGCGCUCCCGCACCAAGAUGGGCAGCUGCCAGCAGACACCAGGCCCCGCUGCCUACAUGCUGCCCACCAUGCUGGGUGCCCAUGUGGUGAAUAAGAGCUCAGCACCCAACUACUCCAUCCCUGGGCGCAGCAAAAUUGGUGCCUUCCACCAGGACCUGAGCAAGACGCCAGGCCCCUGCGGCUACAACACGGUAGCCACCGACGUGUACAAGCAGCGGGCACCGCAGUUCAGCAUGAUGGCACGAAACACCCUCCCUGGGGACAACACUGCCAAGCCUGGGCCUGGCACCUACAACCCUGAGCAGGGCCGGCGGCAGGGGGUGACCUUCGGCAUCCGGCACUCGCAGUACCUGGCACCCCUCAUCGUGGAUGUGCCAGACUGA